GAAUACAAAUUGCUUAGAGAAAUUCUCCAGCUAUUUGGCAUAUGGAGGAGAGGAGCUUAAGCCAAAAUGAUACAGCUGAUGGGAAUAUAUAGACUGGCGAUAAUGGAGUGGAUGAUAUUAGGCAAUCUAAACAAGAUUGAUUCUGUUUGAACGUAAAGCUUUUUAAAGUCAACACACAUAUAUGGUACGCAUGGCUAGCAGCCAAUCAGAAGGCGUUGUUACAACGCAGAGGCAAUACUAAUUCUGUUGUGUCUACUUUAUUUGCAAUCACAUAAAAGUUUGCUUUCAACUGCUCGCACACAAAUAUCAACAUCAAUUCUGAAAGGCGAGGAACACAAGCAGAAUUAAUCUCUCAUUGGAUGAACGUGCUCCUAUACACUAGUCGUAUUUGAAACAGAGAGGUGAUCAUUUGUUCAACUAUUUGUCAACUAAAAGGUACUUUGUUGAAGAUUUUUACAAGAAAAUAACGUUGUCUAGUUUUCAUUUCGAGUGAUCCAAGUUCACUAUUGAGAACAGUUAGAAGCUGUUUGUAAAGAUAGGAGGAAGUCAGUGAACAAAGCGUAUAAUCCUAAUCAUCGUCAUUCAGAGGACGUGUAUAUUAAUAUAUCAUGGCGAUGUCUUGUCUUCGAGAUUCUCAUACUGCUUAUAUAAAUCUUGACACUGACAUGUCGAAUUUCACACAUUAUCGUGGCGCAGCACAUGAGAGUACUUUUCCCCCUGAAAAUUAUCUAACUGGCUAUCAACAUACUGCAUUCACACGUAUCCCUUGGGAUUGCGGAAUGUACGGAGUUGAUCCCUACUAUCAAACAUUGUUCCCGUACGGCAGCUUUCAUGGGUCUAGUGCCUUCUUCCCACGAGCGUUCAAGUCGUUCUACAUGGAUGAGGAGAAACCAAACCAGUCCUACAUCGGUCUCAUAGGCCAAGCCAUUAUGAGCAGCCCUGAAAAAAAGAUGGUGCUCAGCAAUAUAUACAAGUGGGUACUGCUACAUUAUCCUUAUUUCCGUAACAAGGGACCUGGGUGGAAAAAUAGCGUGCGUCACAAUCUAUCCUUAAAUGAUUGCUUCGUUAAAGCUGGACGAAGUCCUAACGGUAAAGGGAAUUACUGGGCCAUCAACCCCGAAAAUUAUGACGAUUUCAGAAAGGGAGACUUCAGAAGACGUAAAUCCCAAAGACGUAGUAGGAAAUGUAUGGAACUGAGUACAAGAGAAAAUGGUGACAGCAUGAAGCAGGUUUCAUUGUCUACACCUGAACAACACACAAUAAAUAAUGUCGAGAAUGAAGAUUGCGUUAAAAAACAAAACCUCUACGAACUAGAGGCUCCAAAAGAAGAUACAAAAAUUCGUCGAAUCUUUGAUGUGGAAAACCUGUUGCGGAUGGAGUCGUCUUCUUCAAAUUGAUGGAAUUACGAAAGAAGAUUGUUAAGUCCAUAUGUUGUAAAUAUGGUAGGUAGUACGUGUAUAUAUUCUGUCUUGAUCAAACCAAAUGAAACUCUGUUGUCAUAUUGUGUUUGUGGACAAAGACUGCUGAACGUUGGCUUUUUGUGAGUGAGAACAUAUCAUGUGAUUUAAUCAAUAGAAUAAAUGACAUAUAAAUAUUUAACAAAUAAUAUAUAUAUCUGGAAUAUAUUUGUGGAUAAUGAAUGGUAAAAGUAAACUUUAAUUCUUUAUUUGUGUUAAUUGUAGCUUAAUUAAACCCCUAUUUAUUCUACACUUCAUAUAGAAUACUCAUAUUCUACACCUUAUAUAUCAUACUCAUGAACUCAAUAUAGUUCUCUUCGUUAUUUAAUGACAAAUAAUGUCAUAUUGCGCAAACACGAGAGCCAAUAAAUUUUGGAUGAGA